AUGUCCAUUCAAUCCAUUAAGACCCCUUUCCGUUUCAUCAACACCACUUCAAGACCAUCAUCUCUCUUUACCCGUCAAUUCCACGCAAGAACCACCAUGUCUGCUCAGGCCCCCUCAUCUCAAGAUAUUUCGGCCGUCGCCAAGGAGGAGAACGGUCCCGUCAAGGGCUCCGAGUCUGCUCAGAUGCAGAGCCAGGUCGGCAAGGCUCAGAAUUUUGAGACUGCCGCUCAGGACGUCCUCAGCAAGAUGCAACAGGACCCCAGCUCCAUCACCGCCGACGAUGCCAACUACCUCAAGUCUCGUGAGGCUCGCGCCACCGGUCAGGCUCAGCCUCCCAAGGACAGUGUCUCCGCCGAUGCUCAGCGUCUCGCCGCCGCCAACGAGAAGGGCACCGCCCCCAAGACUGGCCCUCUGAAUCCCACAGAGCAGUCCACCCUCACAAAGGAGCGCAACCUUGAGCAGGCCGUCAGCCAGGUCGGCUCCAAGGACCCUUCCCAGAUCACCCAGGACGAUGCCAACCUUCUCCACAGCCGUGAGCAGCGUGCCCACGGUCACACCGAGAAGGGUGGCGUUGCCGCCCAGGCUCAAUCCAUCGCCACUGAGAACACUCGCUCGUAA